AUGGCGGAAAGUAUUUCCACUCCAACGAAGAUUUCUGCAAGAAAUCCAGUUUGCAGGCUAUGUGGUGGUUCCUAUGAGAGUCGCUAUAUGCUACGGAUAUUCAGCAAGGCCGGUUCAACUAAAGAUCUGUGUUCGAAGGUUAAAAAAACGUGUGGGAUCAAAAUUUCUGAGGACGAUACGAGGUCAGCUAGGUCAACAGUGGUGUGUAGGACUUGCGUUGCGUUCGUAGAGAAAAUGGAUCAGUUCAUUCAAAGGGCCCAAUCUCUAGACAAUACGCCGUCUGAUCCAGUAAACACAGAAUAUUCUGUAAAGCGAUGCGUUCAACUUUCGCCGUCUUCGCAUCAGCCUUCGAAGCGUUUAUCGAAGGAUAUGCCACCCGAAAGCUCCAAUGUGGAUCAGCCGUCGAAGCGAAUCACAUCAGGUAGAUCUGCAAAACAGCUUUCCUUCUCAUCUCCGCCAGCCACGACGGCAGAUAAUUCCACAUGUACAACCACUUCUGCGAAGCAUCCCAAACGAACUACAUCAAAUUCUGCAGAGGAGCUGUCUCUGUCAACUCCGCAAGAUGCUACUUUUCUGACACCCAGAUCAACAGGAGAUGAGCUUGCUUUUAUGAGUACGUCUGCGGAUCAGCCGUUGGUACAAACCACAUCAAGUUCUGCAGAGCAGCCAGCUUUCCCGACUCGGCCAGCUACAACUGCAGUUUUAAUGCCAAAAUCAACAGGAUCUAGUAAUUGUACAUUUGAAGCUCAACCGUUUUUGGAUGAGAGACAGCAGAAAAUGAUUGUGCAAGCGGUCAGCCAUAAGGAUGCAACUGUAUUGGCGGCUAUUUUGAAAGACCACUGUCCAAGUGUUUUACAGGAGUUAAGAAAGGCCUUCGAGGAGGAAUUGAAGACAUCAUGUGCAAAGCUGUGCAAGCGUUCGCAAGGUUCAGUUCUAUAUGGAAAUGACUACGAGAGCAUUGAAAACUUUGAUUUCAAUAAAGUAUGGGUUGAAUUGAAGACGAACCACCCUUUUCUUAUAGAGAUUAUGAACGCAGUGUCAGGCAAAGAGAACUCUGUCGUAGAAAAAAAACUCGAGCUUCAAGUCAAGUACAGUUUUUAUACUCCAUCCUUAUGAGCGAGAGAUGGCAUGAACUCAACCUAGUGAAGCGCGUGAACACAGUUCUCAUCAUCGAGGGUGGAUGUACCAAACAGGUAUUUCAGCUUACUGAAAUGUAAAACAUCAAACAUUGGUUGAUUUCCCCAAGGGGGUACUGAUUGGGAUGUGCUGCCUGGUUCUCCAAAUCCUGACCCUAUUUCAGACCCAAAAAUGUGAUUUUCCACACCUGUUUUCACACCAGACUUCUAAAAUCCAUACCCAUUUUCAGACCUAGCCGUUAGGCAGAAAUUAUGUUAUCAUUACUUAGUAUAGAGCGUGAACAAAAAAUUCUUCAAAUCCACUUCCAAUUUGCCUAUCUCUGUUACUCAUUUUGAAUUGAAACGAUAAAUACGUUCAUACACUCCCAUAGUUCGCUCAAAAACCAUACCUGAUCUCAGCCAAAAUGGGCAAAGUGUAUACCCGUCUUCGGACCAAACCCUACCUGAUGGGCAGCACAUACCUAUAUAGCUUACAUAGGCGAGUAACCCCCUUGUGGUUGAUUCCUGAACUAAUAUUUCCUCUUACCCACACAGCAGUAUUUAUAUUUUGCCAUUUAAAUCAUGGAUUGGUUGCUAUCGGAAAUUCACACUUUUUAUAGAGCUUGUUAUUGUUGUGUAGUAGUUUGUGAUUCAGUUUCUAUUUGAAAGAUCCAUCCUUAUAAUGAAGCCUAGAAAAGAGAACUGCUCUGUGGAUAUUGAAAUUUGUUUUUAAAUUCUGUCUCCCUUUAAAUAGCUCCAAGAACGACUAAAUAAACUUGGUGUAUGCCUGUCAUCUGGGAGAAGAGAUACCCUUCUGAAGCUGUUAGGAGGCCACUUCUCAGACAUAGUAGUGACAAAAAUAAAGAAAGGAAGUGUGUUCCGAGGUACUGGUGACAACUGGGAUUUGAAAAUUUUGAAAGGCCAUAUGAGAAAGGAAGUCCAGAAUGAGGAUCUGCACUUGUUUGCCAGUAACCUAAUUGAAAACAGAAUCAACUUCAACCACUUACCCAAUGACAACCCCAGAGGAGAUAUUAAAGAUUUCCGUCGACAUAAUUUUUCCUUAAAUGUAAAUGAAUGGAAGACAUAUGCAGAAUGUGCCAAAAUUAUUGUUGGACGAAUUGUUCUUGAGUUCUGUCCCAAAUUUAAGUUCUUGAGAGCAGUUAUCCCCAAUCACAUUUCUCAUGAGUACAGUCUACAAAUGGCACAGAAGUCUACCAUAGUUAGUUUGCCAAUAAUCAAUGCAAAUGAAUCAAAGUAUGAUGAUUGUGUUAACAUUUUAAGAACUUAUGAAAAGUGGAUUGCUGAAAUCUAUGUUCAGGCUGGGCUGCUAGAUGAAAUACCACACACUGACAAUCCACCAGUUCCUGAAGGACCUGCAGCACCUGGCCAGACAAAUGCACACAGACAAGACACCAACGAUGACCCAAUGAGGGAAAUGAAGAUUCCUUUUGCUGGCGAUCAGCUAACCCGAGUGAGAUUUGCUGGAGCCAAAGAUUUGCUGUCAGGUUCACACAGCAUCCGAUCGUUUUGA